CUGCAACCCUAGCAAUGCCCGAGAGGCAAGAGAGGCAAGAGAGGCAAGAGAGGCGCUCUGCUCACUGCCGGUCUUCAUCGGUGGUAAGCAAUCUUCCCCUUCUCCGGCUAUAAAUACCUCCCUCGACACUCACGAGCGCGGGCCCUAAGGCCGAUCCACCACCCCCCCUUCCCGGAGCCGGCCUUCAACGGCAACCACUAUUCCCCUUCUCCGGUUAUAACCCCUGGGCAUCUCCAGAAUACGUGUAAGAUGGGCAAGAAGAAGUCAUUCAUCGAUAAGAAGAAAUCCGCAACCUUCAAGCUUCUCGCACGCGACACAUCUAACUUUCCCGAAUAUGCCGAAGCUCCUGUUCCCCCAUCAUCCGACCGCGUAUUUGUCAGGGUCGACAACAACGUUUUUAGCGUGCCCGGCAUGUUCGAGGACGAUAAUGGCGGAAACGAUCGCGCCGCUGCCGAGCAAGCCGAAUUGAAAGGAGUAGAUAAUGUCGAUUCCAUCUUCGCCGAUGCACCUGGCGACACCGAUGACGUAGGGAGCUUCUCGCUGCCAUUGCUGAGGCAUGCUGCCCGCGUCACGAGUAAUCGGGCGGCUUCCAAUUUGCUUCCGGAUAAAGUUAGACAGGAAAUCCUGGAGCUUGGGUUACCCGACGACGGCUAUAACUAUCUUCAGCAUCUUCGGCAAAUCGGCAAUGCUGGUGCUGGCGCUGCUUACUAUCAAAACAGCAAGGCAAGAUUGGAUCUCGUGCCGAUUGAUGUUAAGGCCUUUGAUGCCUCGAGGCUAAAACUUAGAGGAGUUGAGUCAGACAAGGAUUCAAUCUAUGCUGUUGCUACUAAGGCGGUUGGUGUUAGGGUUCAAAAGGUUUCUGAUCCCGAUGUGGCGAGGUUGCUAGAUGAUAGCGAUCUGUCAAGGUUUGGGUCUGAUACGGAGGACUUUGAUGAGGAUUUCGUGUUCAAGGCCAAUCUUCCUGUAAGUAGUGAGGGGGAAAGUGAAGAAGUGGAGGAAGCUGAACCAGGAGGAGAUAAAAUGGAAAGGAAAAUGUGCUCGAGUAAGGAUGUGCUGGAGGAUGAGUCUCAUGAUGAGGAUGGUGUAGAUGAAUUAGAAGAUGGUGACAAGCCUAGAAUUCCUAGGCUGCUGGACGAACAGUUUGAUUUGCUCGCGCUGCGAGGAUAUGGUGACACUUACAGUGACGAUGAUAGCUAUCACGAUGAGGAGGCUGAUACGACUGUUACAAAGCUUCAUGAUGCUCUAAGGGAGUGCAAAGUGAAUGAUUUAGAAUUUGAAGAGCAAUAUCGAGCUCCUGGGGAUUAUAUAUGUAAACAAGAAGCACCAAACAUGGGCAUUCAGUUGGAUGAUUCUGCAGAUUUAAUUAGCAGGUGUAGAGAGUAUGCUGAAAAGUAUUUUAAUGAUGAUGGGGAUAAAGAAGAUUUGAUCUUGGUUGAGGAAAGUAGUGACGAAUUAGAAGUUUGGGACUGUGAGACUAUUGUAUCUACUUAUUCAAAUCUUGACAACCAUCCUGGUAUAAUACAAACUCCAGAGAUUCUAAAAAGAAAAUUUGCAAAAAAACUUCCAGUUGAUUCAAUUAAGAAGACUGGCAUGAUUGAACUUAGAGGUAAAGAGAAGCUUCCAGUGGAGUUUUUAUCACACAUCAAAAAAGAAUUUGAAAAGGCUAAGAAACCAGCUGGUUUUGAGAAACAAAAGAGUAAACCGCAUAGAGAGGAAUCAAAAGAUGAGAAAAAGGAACGCAAGGCUGCAGUGAAAGAGGAAAGGAGAGAAGCGAGACGAGCAAAAAAAGAACUUAAAGGUCUGUACAGAUGUGAAACCCACAAGGCUCAAAAGGUUGCUGCUGUUUCAAUGCCAUCUGCUAUACACCUCAUGUAGCAUCCAUUUCAGCUACCAUUCUAUAAGAAUUUUUGUGGCAGUAAGUUUUGAGAUGAAUUUUUAUAAAGUGAAAAACAUAUCCUGAAAUUUGCAUGGGGGUUAUAUUCAUAAAUUAUAAAUUAUAUUGCACUUAUUUGAAAGCGGAUGUAAUGAUUGUAAAAAUCACCAUGACUCAAAUUUUCUUCAUCUCCUGUGCUUGGUUCUCUUUGCUGUAGCAGUUUUGCUUCUUUAUUGACAUCUACUUCUCUC